AUGAGGCGGCGAAAUCGCCUUGCAACUAGUGAAUCCAGUGUCGAUACAGCCACCAACGGCAUGGCCACACUCUCUGGACUUAUAGAGAGGCAGUCAUGGAAUGGAUUCUGUGAGAUUGAAUCAGAACCAUCCCUAUUCAACGUCAUGCUUCGCGAAUUUGGCGUCGAAGGAGUGAAUGUGCAGGAAGUGGUAUCAUUAGAUAAGGAGAUUAUGGAUCUCUUACCGCACGUCCUCCACGCUGCUUCUUUAUACCCGUUCUCUUCUAACCUGGGCGUUUUCUACAGUAAGCCAGUAUAUGGCUUAAUUUUCCUCUUUCGUUGGCAGGAAGACAACCCUGAGAAACAGGAAGCAAGCUGUCCAGACGGCGUAUGGUUUGCUAACCAGACAGCUAGCAAUGCAUGUGCUAGUGUAGCAUUAUUAAACAUUGUCAAUAAUAUUGAGGGUAUUCGCCUAGGGGACAAUUUGACCAACUUUAAAAACUUCACAAUGCCCUUUACCCCAGCUUUACGGGGCGACGCAGUAGCCAAUUUUGAGUUUGUGAAAAGGAUACAUAAUUCGUUUGCACGUUCCAUGGACAUUUUGAAUUCAGACCUUCUGCUCAAAGACGAAGCUAAGAAUAUGUCCAGCAAAGGUAAAAAACAUGAAGAUAACGAGUCAUCCGAGGCUGGCUUUCAUUUCAUUGCAUUUGUACCUGCCAAGGGUCGAGUCUGGAAAUUCGACGGCUUGGAGCGACAGCCUCAAGAUCUUGCGCCAUGUACAGACGACGACUGGUUAGAUCAAGUUCGAGCCCACCUUAUUAGCCGAAUUGAGGGAUAUGAAGAAGACCAGAUCGAAUUCUCAGUCUUGAGUCUCGUACGAGAUCCGCUUCGAGCCCGCGUCGAGAAGUUGGCUUUGAAUGUGAGGCGACUGCAGGCUAUCCGCACCUGUUUUACUACUUCUCUGCGGAGCUCUGCGGAAGAGACAUUGGGUGAUGCCCCUGGAAUUGUGCUGCUCGGCCCGGACACCUCAUUGGGCCUGACACAGGAUAUCUUGGAUCUCGUUGGGGAUCCGAGAGACGAAAUAGAUACAUACAACAGAUGUAGUUGUAACGAGCUUUCUAGUGAAUAUUCCCGCUUGGUUGUGGAGCAACAGGAUAUUCUUAUGUCAAUCAGAGAGGAAAUGCAAUCACGCCAAAGUGACGAUGAGAAUGCUGAGGGGAGGCGGCAUGAUUACUCGUCGGCUGUGGAGUAUUGGGCCCGCGCAUUGAUACAGAAAGGCAAUCUUCGCGAAUUGAUAGAAUGA